UCUCGCCGCUCCCCCGGAUCCCUUCACCACCCCGGCCAUGGGCGCUGGCUCCCCCGCCUAGAAUCCCCGCUCCCCCGGCCAUGGCGCGCGCUACACACCCGCGCAACCACCGGGAAUCCCACGAUGGGCUCCUCUGCAGAGGAGCUAGCUCCGCGCCGUGCGCUCCAGCACCGACGCUCGUGCCGUUCAAUGGCGACGGCGGCCAUGGCCAUGCUCACUCAUGCUCCAACGCCGGCCGUCCUCGCGCAAGUCCCUUUUCCUCUGUAUCUUCAGAUCCCAUCCCACCACCCGAGCGCCUCCUCCUCGCGCCCUCGUCGACGAUCUGCAGACUGCAGUAGCAGCAGCAGGACCCCCGCCGGAAGCAGCAGCUCCACCGCACAACAACGGCGCUGCGGGUGUCACUCUCGAGCGCCAGUUCACGGUCCCAGCGCCCAUCUACCUGUGCAGCGCGGCCGCUAACUUGGGCAGCUCGAUGAGGAACGCCGGCGGCGCCCGGGUGCCCUCGUGGAUGGCCAGGCUCAGCCGGCAGCGGC